ACUGCCUCAGCCACCCCCCUCCCUCCUCCAAACACACACACACAACCGUCCCUCUAAAUCUCUCCACCUCCUUCUCCCUUCCCUGCCUCUUUUAUUUUUUUCCUCCAGUUUGCUUUUUCCCUACCUCUCAGCAUCCUCGGCUGCGUGAAGGUUUGAGGCGCAGCAGCAAUAGCAGCAGCAGCAUCCAUGGCUCCAGCUCUGAUCGACACCUAGGCUGUCCCCCACCCCUCCUCUCUCUCGCUCUAUCUAUCUCUCUGUCUCUCUCCCUCCUGAGCUAGUUGACAGGCGACGUCUGGGGGUGUUGGAGGUUCACAGUUAGCCAGGGCGUUAGCCACAAGCACACAGCUGUUCUGCUGCCAUCAGUUCUACUGUGUUUUAGUAGCCAGGAGCUUCUUCUCUUCCCCCUCCCCUCACGACACCACCUUUCAUUUCAGGCUCUUUGGAGAUUGAGGAAUGCAAAUCUGCAACCAUGAUGGAAGGAUUGAAAAAACGUACCAGGAAGGCCUUUGGGAUACGGAAGAAAGAGAAGGACAAUGAUUCCACGGGGUCUCCAGACAGAGAUGGUGAACCUCGAGAGGUUGAAUCGAAAAAGACGAACGGGGCCCCGAAUGGCUUCUAUGGAGAUAUCGACUGGGACAGAUACAACUCUCCUGAGGUGGAUGAUGAAGGCUACAGUAUCAGACCUGAAGAUGAAUUAGAAGAGGAAGCUGCCACCAAAAAAUCUCACUUCUUCUCUUCCGAUGAGUCCGAGGAAGAAGAGGACCACAGGAAAAAAUUCAAAAUCAAGAUCAAGCCCCUGCCGCCUGAUCGUGUUGUGGAGGCACCCUCAGUCGAUGAGCUCAAAGCCUCCAUAGGCAACAUAGCUCUGUCCCCAUCUCCCAUGAGACGUAGCCCGGGUUUGAAAAGGAACACGUCCAGUGAAGAGAUUGCCAGACCGAGACGUGUCGUCCCUCCUGCACCCACUGUGGCCCCCACACCAGCUCCAGCACCACAGCCCCCCAGCAAUCAGCAAACACCAGUCUCUGAAGACACCACAGCCUUAUUUGGGCCUCCUUUAGAAACAGCCUUUGGAGAACAGAAAACUGAAGCGGUUCUAUCUGAGUGUGACGUGUGGGGGACUCCUCUAUCAGAGCCUGAAUCCUCUUUGACAAGAUCCUUUCCCACAGGAACUCCACCUCCACUUCCACCCAAGAAUGUCCCAGCUUCUCCACCAAAUACUAGCCCUCCGUCUGCAGAUGAUGCUGAAGUGUCUGCAGGAGCAGACAGCUCAGCCAGAAAGCCUUCAAUAGCCGACUUGGACAACAUUUUUGGACCGGAGCAGGCUGCCCCUGCCUGCGAGGAUACAGGUGACUCGUGGGUCUGCUUCAGCGAAGAAGCUCCUGACCAGCCGCCUCCACCAAAGGACCCUGCACCUCCCCUCCCCUCCUACCCCCCACCUCCAGAAGAACCAGCACCUCCAUUACCAGCCUCCUCUCCUCCAUCUGUGCUUCAUGCCCCACCCUUACCUACAUCACCACCUCCUUCAGAAGACUUUGCACCACCUCUGCCUACUUCACCUCCCCCAGAAGAUGACGUUGUUCCCCCUCUACCAACUUCCCCACCUCCCUCAGAGGAACAAGUCGUACCUUCUGUCCGUUCGGGUCCUCCCACUCCCAAAGACCAAAAUCCUCCCACGCUCGCCACCUCUCCUGCAACAAAGGAGCUUUCAUCUCCUCCUGUUUCCUCCCCUCCUCCUCUUAGUUCACCUCCAAGUGUCCCACCUGCACCCACCCCCAAAAUAAGCACUCCAGCAGUGACGCCUCCUUCCGAGGAGCCUGCGGCUCGCUCCGUCCCGCCGCCUCUUGUCCUCUGUCAAGAAGAGAAGCCCAACAAUACAAGUACCACCCAUCCCAAAGAGGAUGGAGGUGAAACUGUCACCUCGCCCAAAGAUGCAAUCCAAGGCAGUAGAAGUACACCUCCGCCACCACCUCCUCCAACAUACCGCGCAGUGGUUUCAUCACCAGGUCCCACAUCUGGGGCCGGCGGCACGAAUAGCGGUUCCUCUUCACCCGUACGACCUGCCACACCGUCGUCAGUCAACCCCACCCCACCUCCCCCUCCACCUCGUCCCCCUUCACGACCCAAACUUCCUCCAGGGAAACCUAGUGUAGGCGAUGCGAAUCGCCCAUUCAGCCCACCGAUUCACUCGGCCAGCCCUCCUCCCAUUGCUCCGUUGGCGAGGGCUGAGAGCACCUCCUCCAUCUCGUCCACCAACUCGAUGAGUGCCGCCACCACUCCUACCGUGGGCAAGGAACUCUCUGUGUCUGUAACAGAGGAUGAUGUAUAUGUAGACAAACUUCCCACCUUUGAGAGACACUUUGAUUCAUUUGCAGAGAAUGACCAGCCAUCCCUUGUAUGGUUUGACAGAGGGAAGUUUUAUUUAACCUUUGAAGGCUGCUCUCGAGGGCCCAGUCCACUCACCAUGGGUGCUCAGGACACACUUCCUGUGGCGGCUGCGUUCACAGAGACAGUCAACGCCUUCUUUAAAGGAGCCGAUCCCAACAAGUGUGUUGUGAAGAUCAUAGGUGAGAUGGUUUUGUCGUUUCCGGCGGGAAUCACGCGGCACUUUGCCAAUAACCCGUCCCCCGCCGUGCUAACCUUCAGCAUAAACAACUACAGUCGACUGGAGCAUGUGCUGCCUAACCCCCAGCUCCUCUGCUGCGACACCACCACGCAAGCCAAGGCUGACAGCAAGGACUUCUGGGUGAAUAUGCCAAACCUGAUAUCGCAUUUAAAGAAGGUGGCAGAGCAGAAACCACAAGCGACAUACUACAAUGUGGACAUGCUCAAGUAUCAGGUGUCAACACAGGGCCUCCAGUCAACUCCUCUGAACCUGGCAGUGAGCUGGAGGUGUGAGCCCACCAGCACUGACUUGAGGAUAGACUACAAAUACAACGGGGAGGCCAUGUCGACGCCGAUGGCCCUCAACAACGUUCAGUUCCUCGUCCCCGUUGAUGGAGGCGUUUCAAAGCUACAGGCUGUCUUACCUCCUGCUGCAUGGAAUGCAGACCAGCAACGAAUCCUGUGGAAGAUCCCCGAUAUCUCCCACAAAUCUGAAAAUGGAGGUGUGGGCUCGUUGUUAGCACGCUUUCAGCUAACCGAAGGUCCGAGUAAACCGGCUCCACUGGCGGUGCAGUUUACCAGUGAAGGCAGCACCCUGUCAGGCUGUGACAUCGAGCUGGCUGGGCCAGGGUACCGCUUCUCGCUCAUCAAGAAGAGGUUUGCUGCAGGAAAAUACCUGGCUGAUAACUGACCCAUCGCUGAACAAAGUGAACGCAGUGGACCGAGGUCGACACCGAGGACAGAGGACAGACGGACACCAGACAGACUCUGUGAUCCUUUUCUGAACCCACACAACAGGUCUGCAGCCCGCCCAGCAGUAUUGUAUAACUUGCAUAUAACAUUGUGGAACUGUUAUAGGUCAUGUAAUUAUUGUAUUUGUAUUCAUUUCAUAACAUCUGUAUUGCUGCACUUAGACACAAAUGGGUUCUUUGCUCCUCUGUAGUCUGUGCCUCUGUCUCCGUCCUCCUCUGGUCAACGUGUGGUGGUGUUUUUAAAGUUUUUCACUGCAGCUGCCUGACCAAACAAGGAAGGAACAGAUUUUAAUUCUUGUUAAUGUGAAAAUUUUGGCCAUUAAAAAAAAAAUCCUCGUUGUGGUCAGACGUGCAUCAAAUCUGAACACAUCCAGAGUUGGACUGGGAUGGGAUGAAGUUAGUAAGUUAAACAGCCCGGUCCUCAACGUCUGGGAUAAGAAUACGAGAGGUGUACUCACUGUUUUGCACUGAUCCAUGUAGCUGCUUCACAUGACACACCAUCAGCUGUCACAGGUAAAAGUGGGUCCUUCUUCUUGGUGCUUGUGUACCUGUAUGAAACUAGAUUUCCAAGCAUCGCCUGCUGGUAUUACAUGACACAUCCUGCUAAAGACACCAGUUAGCCAGUCAAACCACUAUUCUAUUUCUCUGUUAUAUACACACUCGCAUGCAGGGAGGUUGUAAGGAUGUUAGGCAGCUGCAAUGACUAGUCAGUUUCACUGGUAAAAUAAGGAAAUAUGUUUUCGUGUCAGAACAAAAGAAGUGUACAAAGUGUCAUUUAAGUCGAAAAUGUAUAUCUUAAAGGGCGUUUGGUGUUUUCCUCGUAUCGUCAGAUAGCCUUCCUGUUGUUCACAGGACAGCAGUGUUAGACUGCAGAGUACAUGACAGCAUUCUAUUUUUAUUUAUUGAUGACAAUGACUUGUUGUAUAAAACCUGUGAUUCUGUAUAUGAAUAGAGUUUGAAUGGUAUCACACGACUCGAACCCUUAAAGGUAUAAAUAUUUAAAUUCCUUCUCAUUUUUUGUUAUCUGUGUAGUUGGGUAACCUGUGUACAGUAUAAGGUCUAAUUUUUUGAAUUUAUUUCAGAUAUAAUUUUUUAACUCAAGUGCAACAGAAGAAUUGACCUAUAUAUGGGUGGGGGAGGGGUAAUUUAAAGACAAAAGAUAAAUAUCUUUCUGGAUUCUGUGUAAUGCUUUGUGAAAGCAGUGUUAAUGUAGAGUUAGCUAUUACAUGGCCAAGAUUCACGCUUUGAGGAAUAAGUUUGACGUUUUUGGAUGAUGUGUGCGACAUCUGCCAGGAAACUGCUAGCAUGCUAAAAAGACCGGGAAAGGCUUGCCAGUCUGUGUCUGUCAGCACCUAGAAAGCUGAUUAAUACACAGUGUCAUGUUUCUUCUUUAAUACAAGGGUGUAAAAACAUCCUGUGUAUUCGUCAUUAACAAGUUUAUUUAGCUUGAGAGUACUGCAUGGGUCCGAAAAUGCUAAUGGCGUUCAUCCACACUAGACGUUAAUGUCUCUGUCAGGAUAAAAUGCAGCAUUUUAGUAACACCCUGUCAUUUUCUCUAGCGCCAUCACCAGGUCAGACUUUUCAUUAGUUCAUGACUUUGGUUUAUUAAAUAAAUGUUCCCUCAGCUGUUCCAUUAGCCUUAUUUAUGCUUGUUAUGGUGAGCUAAUUUUAGCAUGCUAAUAUGCUAAAUCACCAGGAAUACUGCGGUGAACGUGCACUCAUCCCAUUAGCAUGCCAGUAAAACACAUUGGUGUGCUGCAGUGCGCACUCUCAAGAGAAGCAAGCAUCAAACUGUAGACGUUUUAGCCUCUUAUAUUUUAGCAACGCUAGCUUAGCCGUUUCCCUCCCGUUUCAGUUUUUCUGCUAAGCUAACCAAUAUGGCUCCUGGCCAAGGUUAGUUUUUCCCCCCAAAAUGUCAAACUCAUCCUUCAAGGAAGACAAAAACAAUAAAAACAGCUGCAGAGAUGAAGUUUAGUGACCAUGGUACUAGUAUUGGAACAGGAACUGUUUACUGGGACCAGCUCAUUUCCUUACUUCAAACUUAGCUGUAAUAAAACAAUAAGGAAACCCUGAUCAUCUAGCGUUCUCAGUUCUUUCGUCUACCUUCAGUUUGACGGCAGAUCACAAGAAAACCUUCCUUCCUGUUUCCAUUUACCUCACUGGUACCUAAACUCCCUCAUAUCAUACCCUCAUAUCGUGAGCAAAUCCCAGUCAUCCAGCCAGCGCUUGAAUCCAUGGCUUUAUUUUACAUAAUUGUAACGGUCUCUGUGAGAUGACAUGAUUUAAAUGAGGUUGUGGAGCAAGGUUAAGUCGACCAAAAUGCUUUCUUUUUCUUUUUUUUGUUUUACGUUUUGUUUUGUUUUUUCGUAUUUUAUGUGUGUGUACCCCAGACAGUCAGUCCCUUGUUAAGGAGAAUAAGCUGAAUAUUUUUAAAAUGGAUAAAAAUUAAAAAAAAAAUGUGUUGUUUAAUGUGAAAAACACUGUGCUGAUGAUGUUGAACUUCCUGAAUGCUCUGACACUCAACGUGAAGAACAAAAAGUGUGCGUGAAGUGUAGCCGAAAAGCCUCUGUACUGUACUCUGUGUUGGCAAUCAACUAAAUGUAACCAAUCACGGUCCUCUCAGAGCUCUCAAGCAUUUCAAGCUGAUUUAGGACGGUACUCUGAGAUCAGUACACCUAUUCAGCGAUGCAGUACUUCUGAUUGGAUACAGUUUUUGGGCCAUGCAGUUCAAAUGAGUCCUGUUCAUUUGUACUUUGAUCUUGUGCAGACCCAGGCUGAGAGAACGGCAAAGUUGUGUUUUGUUGGCGUGAGGAACGAUGGAUGAUUGGUGCCGUUUAGUUCUUGAUAAUACUUUUGUUUGGUGACGCAUUUUUUCAGUCAUGUCAGUCUUUCAUCGAGCUAAAUGGAAAACUACGUGCCCGAGACGAUGCUGCUACCUUCUUGAAGCUAAACAGUGCAACAGUCACUACAGCAUUAUCUACAGAAACCCACCACACAUGCCACCCACGGUGCAUCAGUGUAGAAUUACCCCUACACUUAUGGUUACACGUCUCUGUUUGAUCACAAACCUUUUUCACUGUAUUUCUGAGAACAGCGUUUGAAUUUUUCAGUGCAUCAAGAGCUUCAUCAUCGUCGCGAAUUCGUCCUGCAGUAUUAUUGGAUGCAAAGCAUGCGGUCAAACGGUGGGGCUUUUGUGACGAUAGUGCUGAAAUGACGUGUUGUGCUGAGUGUCAGUUACCUUGUAUUAAUGUUGAGACGAGAGCAAGGAGUGUGUUUAUGUGUGCUAUAAGCAAGAAUGCUUUUUGGUUCUUUACCAUUAACCUCAAACACAUGUGAAAGCUGUUUGUACAGUACAUAACAACGCUAAGAUGAUCUGAGAAAUUUAGUUUGCUUCUUUCCAAAACCAAUAAAAGUUAUAACUGGA